AAGUAAUGAGGAGCUGAAUGGAAACCACCAAGACAAUGGGAAAAAUGUCUCCAGGGCAUUUCAGAGACCUUCACACAGCCCCUCUCAUAACAGGCUUGGGGGUCUAGGAGGGAAAAAUGGUUUCCUGAGCCAGGGACAGGCCCAGGGCCCUGCAGCUCUGUGCAGCUUCGGGACAUUGUGCCCUGUACCCCAGCCACUCCACCUCUUGACCAUGACUAAAAGGGGCCAAGGUAUAGCUCAGGCUGUUGCUUCAGAGGGUGCAAGCCCCAAGCCUUGGUGGCUUUCAUAUGGCGUUGUGCCUGUGGGCGUGCCGAGGACAAGAAUUGAGCUUUGGGAACCUCUGCCUCAAUUUCAGAGGAUGUAUGGAAACACCUGGAUGUCCAGGCAGAACUCUGCUGCAUGGGAGGAGCCUACAUGGAGAACCUGUACUAUGGCAAGGCAUAGGGGAAAUGUGGGGUUGGAGUCCCCACACAGAGUCCCCACUGGGGCACUACCUAGUGCAUCUGUGAAAAGAGGACCACUGUCCUCCAGACCCUUGAAAUGCAGAUCCACUGACAGCUUGCAUCGUGCACCUGGAAAUGCAGGCACUCAAGGCCAGCCCAUGAAAGCAGCUGCAGGGGCUGCACCCUGCAAAGCCACAGGAGUGGAGCUGCCCAAGUACUUGAAAGACCACCCCUUCCUUGCAUCAUCAUGCAUUGGAUAUGAGACAUGGAGUCAAAGGAGAUCAUUUCAGAGCUUUAACAUUUAAUGACUGCCCCACUGGGUUUUGGACUUGCAUGGGGCCUAUAGCCCCUUUUAUUGGUCCAUUUCUCCCAUUUGUAAUAGGAGAACUUACCUAAUUCUUGUACUUUUAUUGUAUCUUGGAAGUAACUUACUUGCUUUUGAUUUUAUGUGCUCAUAGGUGGAAAGGGACUUGCCUUGUCUCAGGCGAGACUUUGGACUUAGACUUUUGUGUUAAUGCUGGAAUGAGUUUAGACUUUGGGGGGCUGUUGGAAGGCAUGAUUGUAUUCUGAAAUGUGAGAAAGACAUGAGAUUUGGGAGGAACCAGAGGUGGAAAUGAUAUGGUUUGGCUCUGUGUCCCCACCUAAAUUUCAUCUCUAAUUGUAAUCCUCCUGUGUUGAGGGAAGGUCCUGGUGGGUGGUGAUUAGAUCAUAGGGCAGUUUCCCCUAUGCUGUUCUCAUGAUAAUGAGUGAGUUCUCAAGAUCUGAUGGUUUAAAAGUGUUUGGCAGAUCCCCACCACCACCACCACCUCUUCUACUGCCUUGUAAAGAAGGUACUUGCUUGCUUUUUACCUUCCACCAUGAUAGUAAGUUUCCUGAGGCCUCCCCAGCCUUUUUUCUUUAUAAAUUACCCAGUCUCAAGUAGUUCUUUAUAGCAGUGUGAAAAUGGACAAAUACAAAAUUCAUUAAAAUACCUCCAAAUUUAAUAUGGAAUUAUGUUUACAUUUAAGUUAUCAAUAUCAAAAGCUCUAUCAGUUUUCAAUAAAUAUAACUGGGAAUG